CAAAAUACAGUGCAUUAGAUCACAAGGGGGAAAAGGAUCCAGAGUGUAAUUAGUCAAAAUUGGUACUUUUUGAAUUGCUACAGAGUUUAGAUACCAAGAUCAGUUGGUACAACUUGCGCAGAGCGAUUCCAUGUUAUCUUUAACUGCAGUCUGAUAUGGUGACAAUGAUGACUGGAAAGAUAAAAGCAUCACACUGCCUGCUGACAUGUACUGUAAAUGAGUGAGACUGCAACCUCUUCUGUAGUCUUUAAUGUGGUUUAAUAGCCUGUGUGCGUUCUCUAUAUCAGAGUGCAAUAAAGGGGUACUUGGGCACCCUGGGCAAAACUUUGCAUUACAGUCAGGUAAGAUGGUGAAAGUAUGGACAUUGCUAACAUGAAGUUUUGAAUCCAUAUGCAGCCUGUUAAGGCAGAGAGUUAAGGUGUCUUUGUCAGUAUUAUUAUUCAAGGAAAUGUGUUAUUCUCCUUUCAACGGUAUUUCACAGUGCAUAGGAGGUGAAGAAACAAAAAUGAUUCUACUGAUUAGAACAGGUUCACUAAUUCUUUCUCUGCUGCAGUGCCAUUUUACUUUAAUGGCUUUAAUCCAAGGGGGCGCUUCAGGUCCAUAAGCCGUGGUUUAAGAGCUCGGACUCGGGAUUUUCCGUACGCCUUCGUGCGAGGACAACUGCUGUUGUCGGGGUAACGAGAAGCGACGCCGCUGCUUGUCGCUGGUGGCAAUAAGGAGGAAAGGCCCGUUCUCCUCUGUCUCUAACACUGGCUAGAAAUUGACUACAGGAAGAAAACCGAACCUACAGUGGCACACCCCAGCAGGGCCCAGCACUGGGGAUAUGGCGGUGUAUUUUGAUCACCAUAUUGAGGCUCCUGAUUCGAGUGGGGCUCCCUGUGAGAUUGCGUGGCACUCUUCCCAGCCUGUGUUAGCAGUAGCCUCUGUCAGUCCUGCCACGGGGGGCAGUGUUGAUUUUUACCUCCAACAGGGAGAGCAUGUUGGUAACUCGCAUGUGGAGAGGCCCUUCCAGCCCACUGUACUACACUGGCAUCCCAGCAAAAUGGUGCUGGCAGUGGGCUGGGAGUCAGGGGAGGUGCUGCUUCAGACCUACCCAAAUGGGGAGCAGACCACCCUGCCCAGCACACACAGUGCCUCCAUCACCUUGCUGGAGUGGAGCACCAAUGGCAGCCACUUGAUCACUGGAGACCAGCUGGGUGUCCUGGCACUGUGGAAGGUGGAUGCCCGUGGCAGGCUGCAGGGGUCCCCUCAGGUGAAGCAUGAAUACGGCAAGCCCUUGACAUGUGGUGUCAUCAGGCCUGUGCCCCCUGGAGAGGACGUUGCCCAGCUUGCUCGAGCAGCAGUGAGCGGAGAUGAAAAUGCACUGGACAUGUUCAACUGGAGGAAGGCUGGGAAGGGAGCUCCACUCAAGCUGGGACCUAAAGAAGGGCUGACUUUCUUUGUUAGCACAGGGGAUGGCAGCGUGCACUGUGUGGACGCGAAGGGGAAGAGCAGCCCGGUGCUGAGCGCGGACGGCCCCGUGCAGAAGCUGCUGUACCUGGAGAAGCGCGACGUGCUGGUGGUGAUCACGCAGACCCUGCUGCUGUCUCAGCACAGCGUGGGGCCCGAGGGCGGGACCCAGGAGAUCACGAAGGUGAAGUUGAGUGGGAAGAGCGGACAGAGGGCGGACAUGGCGUGGGCGGAGCGGGGCCUGCUCAUCACCGCCACAGAGGAGAGUGUCAUCAGGCUGUGGGACCUGGAGAGAGAUGAUAAUUAUGUGCUGUCUCUGGAUGAGAGUCUUGGCUAUGAAUCAGGAGAAACGCUGAACUGUGUAUCUUACUGUGCACCGAAGGGUAUUCUGGCUGCUGGGACGAGCCGAGGUCGCAUUGCCAUGUGGAGGAAGGUAUCCGUGGUUCAUCAGGGUAGGCAGAAGACCGAUGGGAAGGACCAGUGGUUACUACAGACUCCAACAGAGAUAGAGGGGAAUAUCACUCAACUCAAGUGGGGCUCUAGUCUGAAUAUCCUGGCGGCCAACAACCUGAGCACAGUUUUGAUCCUCUCUGAGCAUGUCAUGUCUGCUCACUUCAGCCAGCAGGUGGCAGCAGUGCAGCUGGCUCCCAACCAGCUUAGCCUGAGCUACUUCAACUCGGGGGCCCACCACAGCCUGCGUACAGACAUGCACAUCAACGGCGUGUGUGUCACAAAGGACACAGUCACAGUGUGGAAUGGAAAGCAGGUCACUGUAUUUGAGUCCUCAGGAGCGGCACUGCAUAGCACAGGCUUCUUUCCUUGUGAAUCUCUGGUCCUCGCUGUGCAUGAAGAUAACAUCUAUACUGUGGAGCUUAACAGGGUGCAAGUGCGCACCUUACAGGGUACAGUGAAGCAACUCUUGGCCUUCUCGGAAGCAGAAGGAACCCCUCUGCUGCUGAGUGUCUGCAAGACUUUCCUGGCUGUCGGCACAGACACCGCACACAUUAAGGUUUUUGACUUGUCCCGCAGGGAAGCGAAGCCUCACUGCAAUGCAAAGAACCUGAAUGAGCUUAUCCCAGGCCUGGGAGCCUUGUCUUCAGUAAAGUGCAACGCUAAUGGUAGCCAAGUCAGCAUCAUCGUUACCAGGGCCGAUGGGAGCUGUGAUUCCAGGGUGUAUUUCUAUGAUGUGGAAAUGGACACUUUGACCUACUUUGACUUCUCCAAAGGCCGACCUCACAGUGGGAUCCUCCAAGGAGAGGAGCCAGAGAGGACCCAAUCGGAGAACAGCGAGCUGUGUGGCCGGUCUCCAGUCAGCCAGUUCUGGGAUGAAAGUGAGCCUCGACUCUUUGUGUGUGAGGCAGUAUUGACAGGGACAGUCCCUGUCCAGAAUAACAGCAUUAUGCAGGCAGACGUCCUAGUGGUGUCCUUCUUUUGCACCCAGGAACAUGGGCUGCUACUCCAGGACUCGUAUGCAAAGCCAGUAGGCAUGCAGGCACUGCUUGCUCUUGACGUGCCCUUUUAUUACUUCACCUGCAAGCCUGGAGAAAGAGAGGUGGAGAGUGAGGGGUCUUCUGCUCAGUCCUCUGUCCCUCAGAUGGUGUCCCGACGUGCGCUGCGGGACUUCGUGGGGCUGGAGGACUGCGACAAGCCCACGCGCGACGCCAUGCUCAACUUCAGCUUCUAUUUGACCAUCGGGGACAUGGACGAGGCCUUCAAGUCCAUCAAACUCAUCAAGAGUGAGGCCGUGUGGGAGAACAUGGCCCGCAUGUGUGUGAAGACCAGGCGGCUGGAUGUUGCACGCGUUUGCCUGGGCAACAUGGGCCACGCGCGGGGGGCCAGGGCACUCCGGGAGGCCGAGAGCGAGCCAGAACUUGACGCCAGGGUGGCCGUGCUCGCCACGCAGCUCGGCAUGUUGGAAGAUGCAGAACGGCUGUAUAGGAGCUGCCGGCGCUACGAUCUCCUGAAUAAGUUUUACCAAGCCUCGGGCCAGUGGCAGCGGGCAGUCGAGACGGCAGAGAGCUUUGACCGUGUCCACCUGCGGGCCACUUAUUACAGCUACGCCAAGCACCUGGAGUCUAUGGGAGAGCUCAGCCUUGCACUUGAAUACUACGAGAAGUCAGACACCUACAGAUUUGAGGUACCCAGGAUGCUGCUGGAAGAUCUGAGCGCCCUGGAGGAUUAUGUGAAGAAAAUGAAGGACAAGAGCCUGUAUAAGUGGUGGGGGCAGUACCUGGAGAGCCAGUCGAAUAUGGAGGAGGCCCUGCGGUACUACGAGUUCGCCCAGGAUUACCUGUCUCUGGUGAGGGUCCACUGCUACCUGGGAAACGUGCAGAAGGCAGCAGAAAUUGCUAAUGAAACAGGGAACCGCGCUGCCUCCUAUCACCUGGCCCGGCAGUAUGAGAGUCAGGAGGAGAUCAAGCAGUCUGUGCAUUUCUACACCAGAGCACAGGCUUACAACAAUGCCAUCCGCCUGUGCAAGGAGAAUGGGCUCGAUGACCAGCUGAUGAACCUGGCUUUGUUGAGCAACCCAGAAGACAUGAUGGAAGCUGCGUGCUACUAUGAGGAGAAGGGGGUGCACAUGGACCGGGCUGUCAUGCUGUAUCACAAGGCUGGUCACUUCUCCAAGGCUCUGGAACUGGCCUUCUCCACAGAGCAGUUUGGGGCCCUGCAGCUCAUAGCAGAAGAUCUGGACGAGACCUCUGACCCAGCAUUGCUCGCCCGCUGCUCGGACUUCUUCAUCAAACAUGCUCAGUACCAGAAGGCUGUGGAGCUGCUGGUAGCAGCCAAAAAGUACCACCAGGCCCUGCAGCUGUGCCUGGACCACAGCCUGACCAUCACAGAGGAGCUGGCCGAGAGCAUGACGGUGUCUCGUGACUCCAAGGACCUGUCCGAGGACGCUCGCCGCGAGCUGCUGGAGAGGAUCGCUGACUGCUGCAUGCGGCAGGGCAACUACCACCUGGCCACCAAGAAAUACACACAGGCCGGCAACAAGCUGAAGGCCAUGAGGGCGCUCCUCAAGUCUGGAGACACGGAGAAGAUUGUGUUCUUUGCCGGGGUUUCCCGCCAAAAAGAGAUUUACAUCAUGGCAGCAAAUUACCUCCAGUCACUAGACUGGCGCAAAGACCCCGAGAUCAUGAAGAACAUCAUCACCUUCUACACCAAGGGCAGGGCGCUUGACCUCCUUGCUGGUUUCUAUGAGGCCUGUGCCCAGGUGGAGAUUGAUGAGUAUCAGAACUACGAGAAGGCCCUCGGUGCUCUGACUGAGGCCUACAAGUGUCUGACCAAGGCCAAAGCCCGCAGCGUAGAGGAGCAGGAGGGCCGCCUGGCAGAGCUGCAGCACAGACUCGCUCUGGUGAAGAGGUUCGUCCAAGCACGCAGGUUGUACGAGGAGGACCCCGGGGAGGCUGUGCGGCUGUGUGAGGCUCUGCUGGAGGAGCCAGAACUGGAUCCCGCUGUCCGCAUCGGAGAUGCAUACGGGUUCCUGGUGGAGCACCACUGCCAGCAAGGCAGCUUCCAGGUGGCCUACCGCAAGCUGGAGGAGUUGCAGAAGCGGCUGCCCUCCGUCAACGUCAGCUACUACGUCAGUCAGCGCAGCCUGGAGGGCCUGCACCGUGCUGUGGGGCUCCCCCUGGUCCGGGGGGGUGUCCUGAACCAGGGGGCGCACGGAGACAGUGGGGGAGAGGAGGAGGAGGAGGUGGAGGAGGAGGAAACCCUUGAGUCCCAGCAGGGUGACUGAGGAGAGCCCGGCAGGGCAGAGGAGUGUUACUAGGACCCGAGGUAACGCCGCUGCAUGGAUUAUCACAAGCAGUGCUGUAUAGAGUUAGACUUCAGCUGGGCUUCUUACAUAUAGGGCAGCUCUGGGAUCUGAGGCCAAGCUAUUCACCACAGUAUAGACUGCUGCAGAGCUGUGCACACCCAGUGCGAAGGACUGUAUUGCACAACAGGGACUGCUUAAAUAAAGAGGAAUGAACUGGACUCAGCUGUGAAACUAUAGGUGCAUAAGCCAUACUAUUCAUUAGAAAAUACAAAUUUCAUCAGUUUAAAGUUGUUUUCUAAUUGCUCCAAUCUGCCCACUGUUUGACUGCAGUUAUAUUAGUUUUAUGUCUGUGUUCUUCACACAGGAUUGACAAGAUCAGUUAGUAGAAGAGAUUUACACUGUGUAGGUAGUGGGAAGAGCCAUAUCUCUUGAAGUCCCACAACAGAUUGUGAGUGCUACUUUGGGUUUCCCAUCUGCAAUUUGGAUCAAUCCACAGUUGUGAAUUUUCAGUUCAUAUUGUCCAGUAAAAUAUAAAAUAAGACA